CUUCCGGGAAGGUCGGGAGCCAUCGAGACUUCGAGCCUCCCGGUGGGCUAGAGCGGCGCGACCAGCCGGAGCGUGCGGCCAUGGAGGACGAGAAGAGCUUCUCUGAUAUCUGCGGCGGCCGCCUGGCCCUGCGGCGCCGGUACUACUCACCGUACUGCCGCGAGUUCGGCCUCAGCUCGGCUCGGCUGUCACUGUGCUCGCUCACCGCUGUCACUUGCGCGGUGUGGCUGGCGGCCUACGGGCUCUUCACCCUGUGCGAGAAUAGCAUGAUCCUCUCUGCCGCCAUCUUCAUCACUAUCUUAGGCCUGCUUGGUUACCUCCAUUUUGUGAAGAUUGAUCAGGAGACUCUAUUAAUCAUUGACUCACUUGGCAUCCAGAUGACGUCUUCCUAUGCAUCGGGCAAAGAAAGUACUACCUUCAUAGAGAUGGACAAGGUCAAGGACAUUAUCAUUAAUGAGGCCAUUUACAUGCAGAAAGUCAUUUACUACCUCUGCAUUUUACUGAAGGAUCCAGGGAAGCCACAUGAGAUAUCCCAAGUAGUUCCUGUCUUCCAGAGUGCCAAGCCCCGGUUGGACUGCUUGAUUGAAGUAUACAGAAGCUGCCAGGAGAUUCUGGCACACCAGAAAGCCACAUCAGCAAGCCUAUGAGUCUCAGCAUUCAAAGGCCAGUAUGGUUUUUAUGGAGAGGACUCCUAAACUAUAGUGGCUGCUUUAUUUUCGGUACUGUAAAAACCAUCAGGACAUGGUCCUGAGAACCAGAACGGAUGAGUAGAUCUCAGAACCACAGAGCAGGGGCUGGAAUUUGAUUCAUGUUCACGAUGUAUCAUAAUGUUCCCUGUAUAGGUUUUAUCUAUAUUACUAAUCAAGGGGAGACCUUAAGGAUUUUGACAUGUCAAAAGGCGGCCAGUCAUAGUGGACCAUGCCUUUAGUUCCAGCACUCGAGACAGAAGCAGGUGACCUUUUGAGUUUAAGGCUGUUCUGGGCUACAUAGUGAGUAACCCCACCCAAAACAAAAGAAUUGUCAUAAAGAACACUGAAAAUUUUAA